AUGGCCCUCCAUGGCCCUGUUGUACGCAGCUUUCUAGACCAUACAGAGUUGGAGGCCAUGUUUUGCCAGUACACCCAGGGCUGUUUCCAGUGGAUAUUUACCUUUUGGUUUUUCAGGCAGCUGCCACCCUUCAACCUGCUGCACGUCAUCUUCCUCCAGUGGCGCAAACGCAGCAAGAGGAAGGGUGGCACUCUAUGUGACAGCAGGUACCUGGCCUCACUCCACCCAAUCACUGCAGAUUAUUGGAGAGAGAGAUUGGCUCAUGGUUAGUUGUAAAUUGUAGUGGAGAAGGCUGUGAUGCUAUAUGUGGUGGAGAAUUAUUUUUCCAUGUGUAAGUCUCUGACAGCUUGGAUUCUGGGACGUGGCUGGGGCAUGCUGGAAUGCAGGAAGGUAUAUGAGGACACCCUGAACGGAGUCUACCUCCUGUUAUGCAGAGAGGUCCAGGAAGGGCUGGUAGACCACAACAGGUUCUGGCAGGUGGCCAAAGUCCAGCUGGCCUGAGUCUGCACCUUGGAGGAAAGUGCUACUUACAAUGUCAACUGGAAAAUGAUCGAGAACCUGCCUUACUACAAGCUGUACAUGGCAUCGGGGUCGGUCUACUUGGGUCAUCUUCAGAACUUCCUCCAUAGGGAGCGGCUGGUCCACAACUGGAUCUAUCUGGAAGACAACACCUGACAAAACCUGCUUCCUGAUGACCUCUACACAUUAUUGGAGUACCACAAGAAGAUCAGCCAAGACAGCCUUCACGGACACAGUGUCGUGGCGUAGCUGAGCAAGCUGAUCUGGCUUUACCUGAACUCGGGACAGCAGUUUUACCUGUAG